UCACAUCUCGGCAGUGAUUUCAUUAAGGACGUAUAUUACAUUCAGAGUAAAAAUAAGUUAGAUUGGUGCAAGCAAUAUGAUCGAUAACUCUUCAUUGAUUAUCUCUUAUGCGAAUAAAGGUGACACUUUUUCAGUUCAGAAUGCUAGUCAGCUAGUCAUUCGCCCUAAUUAUAACUUCAGCAGAUACAAUGUUUUCCAGUUUUAGCUGUGCAUAAGUUAUCUGCUAUAAUCCUUAAUAGAGAGAAGACUAUUUAAAAUAUUUUAUCAUAAGUAGUGCUACAUCUGUAUGGAAAUGUGAAUAUAUUAUUAUUUUUAUUUGACAUCUUCUCGUGAGGACCGGUCAGCUAGUAAAUGGAAUCCUCGUAAUGCCAGUCAGUUUGUGCUCAUCUUAAGCGACAUCUCAUUUAAUCGUGUUUGAUACCUCGAGCAGAAAUGUCGCAAAUUUGGUUGUCAGUGACACUAGUGCUGAUUGUGGGGAAUUUUGUACAUCAAGUGACCGAAGCAGUGGAUCAAAGUUGCAUUAUUCCACACGAAUCGGAAAGGGGUACUUGUGUUAGACCACAAGAUUGCCCAGCGUAUCAAAACAUCACAAUUGGAGACGCUCUUGGUUCGGUUAGUAGAUUGAGUUUUGCAAAGGCAUUACAGUGUCCAACAGACGGAGAAUCAAGAAUUUGUUGUCCGAACAGGGGCUCUUAUGAUACUCCCGAAUUGACUGUGACCUUUCCCCGAAAACGAGUGCGUCGUGGAAAUUCAUUGCUUCGGAUUGGAGGCUACGACUCUUGUGGUGGACCGGUUUUUCCGGGCAAAGUAUUCGGUGGACCAAUAGCUGAGAUUGACGAAUUUCCGUGGGCUGCGCUUCUGUUCUAUCAUGAUGUUCAUCACCGUUGCGGAGGGUCUGUGAUCAGCAGAACGUUUGUAAUAACAGCUGCGCAUUGUUUAGCUGGCCCGAGCUACACGCGAAAUGGACCACUCGAGAUGGUUCGUCUUCGGGAGUACAACACUUUAUCGGAUCCAGAUUGCAUUGUAAUACCAACGGAUAGCGGAAACUUUGAGGAAUGCAAUGAGAAGAAACUCGAUGUCCUUCCGAAAUCUAUCAUAGUGCACCCGGACUACGACCCCUCUGACGUCCAACAAUAUCACGAUAUUGGGCUGAUUGAAAUCGAAAAUGAAGUGGAUUUUUCGGAUUUUCUGCAACCAAUUUGUCUACCGGGAACGUCUACAUCUCCCGGUUCCAAUGCUGGGGGAAAGCGAACUUUUGAGGUGUGUGGAUGGGGUCGAACGGAUUUCUUCCACGAUCUACAUGGAAUCGCUAGUCCAGUGAAACUGAAAACCAAACUACCUUUCCUCAAGCCUUCGAUUUGCAACAAUGCGUAUAGCAGUCAGAAUCUUCAGCUGGGACCCGGACAGAUUUGCGCUGGUGGAAAUCAAGGAGAAGAUUCCUGCGCAGGGGACAGUGGUUCUCCACUCAUGCACAAUGAUAGGAAGUACGACGUUUGGGUCCUCAGUGGCAUCGUGAGCAGAGGAGCGGUAUUCUGUGGACAGGAAGGCAAACCUGGCAUCUACACUAACGUGGAGUACUAUCUUGAUUGGAUUUCAGAUGUUGUCAUUGGUGGUGGGAAUAGAAAUGAAGAAUGAAAAAAUGAAGCACGAUCAUAGCAAGCGAAGAAAGACAUUCCAUCUGUAGCGGUCCACGAUCAA